GAUGACAUAAACACUGUCGUUAGAGACGAAUUAAAGGAACUCCUAAAAGAAAUUACGAAUGAUGGGAAUUGGGAAGACGUUGCCCAACACUGUAAGGACGACAUCGGUUCGUCGCCAGACGAUACCGACGGAGAAAAAACUGCUAAGAAAAAAGCUUGUAAGCUUUUUGCUUUAGGUUUAAAACACAUUUCUGAUAUUAAAGACAAGAACAACAACCAAGACUAUGAGAUACCACUUAAACAAACUAUGAUGUGCGCAGCACUUAAUCUUUAUGCUGAUCAAUUAAUAGACAAAUCAACAGAUCAAUGUCCCCUAGAUAAUAAAAAAUUGGAUCAGGCAAUACAACACGCUUUUAGUAAAAGUAGUAACAUUAUGGGGAAUGGAGGAAAUUCAUGCCCAACUGGUAGUGCUACUAAUUCUUGUUUUGUUUGCAAAAGAGAAAAAACUUUUGACAAAUGCCAAAUUGGCUCUGACAAUGUAAAGAAUAAAAUGACCGAACUCCUCAACAAGGAAGACGCAACCAGCUCCAACAACACCCCUAACAAGGAAAAAACACUAGAGAAAAUAAAUAAAAUCGAAACUUUCUGUACUCAAGUCCAAUGUGCUAUCAAACAGUACGGAAAAAAUAAAAAAAAAGACUCAAGUGGAACAGUGACUUGGGAUGCCCUGAAGACUGAAAUCGGGACGGAAUUAAAAGAACUUCUGGGAGAUAUGUUGCAGGGAGAUAAGCAAAAAGAAGUUGAACAAUACUGCAGUGACAAAGACGCUAAUUGGUAUAGAUAUGGCCAUAAAGGAAAACAUACAAAUAAAGCAGCUUGUUUGCUCUUUGCUGCAGGGUUAAAGCACAUUUAUGGCCGUCCCAACGGCCAAAAGAAUGGCCAGUUUAAGGGCCCAUCGUUUGAACAAACGAUGGGUUGUUUAUUUCUUAAAGAAUAUGCAAAACAAUUGCAAACAAUGGCAGAAACGAAAAAAAAAGGACAGAGUUGGGUACAUCCUCUUUGUAGUAUAAAGGAUGGUAUAACAUAUGCUUCUGGUAAAAGUGGUGAAAUUAUGAGGAAUGUAUUAACUGAAUGUAAACAGGGUCCUAAUGGUAUUUCUUGUUUUGUAUGCAAAAUUGACCAAGAUUAUGAUGAUUGCCCCAUUGGCAACAGCCAAAAUGACAAAAUAGAGGAAAAAGUGGAACCACUACUCCAAGAGAAGAGCGACUUAAUGGAAAAAACAUUAGAGAAUACAGUCUGUCCCAUCCUUCUUACGGAUCUCCUUACCCCUUUUCUUCCUUUGGCUCCUGUCUCCAUUGGCCUUUCUGCUAUGGCUUAUUACCUUUGGAAGUAUUUUGGUCCUCUUGGUAAAGGAGGAGCACGUUUCAGAAGAUCUCCUACUGAAAUUCCUGGUCCAUCAGUACAGGACCAAGUUCUCGAUCAUGUGCAACAAGAUAGUUCACAUGAAUAUCAAUUGGUGAAGGAACGAAAACCUCGUUCUGCUCCAACAAGAACGAAACGUUCUGGUCGCGCGAAUCGUCGAACGAUUAUUGAAAUUCAUUUUGAAGUGUUGGACGAAUGUCAAAAAGGGGACACACAAGUGAACCAGAAGGAUUUUCUGGAACUUUUGGUUCAAGAGUUCAUGGGAUCGGAAUUUAUGGAAGAAGAAGAACGGGUUCCUAAGGAAGAGGUUCUUAUGGAAGGGGUUCCCAUGCAACGUGUUCCAAGUUUAGGUUCCGGGUUACUGGUUUAA